AUGGAAAUGGGCCAGGACUCAGGAACAGAAGAGGAUGAAUACAAAAAGACAACCCAGAUGGUGUGGAGAAAAUUAAAUGAGAUAAAGAUGCAAACUGCUAAAUACGUAGCAAUGGCAACUAGAAUGAAGUUUUUGGAAGACUGUCCCGUUCAGCCUCUCAUUCCCCUGUAUUUGCUAGUGGGUGGGAUCAUCGGUACCUUAAAGGUAUCUCUCCUGCUGUAUGACUCCACCAGGAUGAGGCAGCUUCUGUCCAAAGCCGUGGUGAUUGAUGAUGACGAUGAUGAUGAAUAUCCCUGGAGGCAGAAUGUGCACAAAUACUACAUCCAGCUCAUCCUCAGCCUCUUCCUCUUCCUCUGGUUCAUUCUGGGAAAUUACUGGGUCUUUUCUGUGUACCGGCCAGACUUUAUUCCACCUUUUCAGCAACCUCAGGCUUACUGUGACAGAACCCUAUACCUCUUUGCAGUAGGGGUCCUGGCACUCAGUCACACUGUGCUGGUCUUACUCAUCCUAGGCAGCAGCUAUGUCUACAUGUGUUCCAAGUGGAGAUUCACUGCUGACGAAGACUGACACCACGCCCUCCUGCACACACGCUCCUGUACACACAUAUGCACAGUUUUGGGAAACAAUGGUGAAUGGACAGAAUGUCCUCUGAAGGCAUUUCAGGAACUGCCAACGUGUACUGAGAAUUCUACCAGACUUAAGAAAUUCUGGCCUGCCUGGACCUGCUCUUCUCCAAGUGGGAAUUUUGUACUCAUAAGAGU